UCCUCCAGCUUCGCCAUCGCUGCUCACCUCCUUUCGUCCAAAAGAUCCGAACUUUAGAUUCAGAUCGAGCUAAUAAGAGAAACCCAAUUGAAACAACGAUGAGGCAUCAAUGCCGGUUGCUUCUCUUACGAAGUUACCGCUCCUCUCCUCGUCCUCCACUUCCUUCUCAUCACUCCCGUCUCCAGGUAAUCUCCAAUUCAACCCAAUCCUUCACUUCUUCCCUCCACGAACCCUCUAGGCUUCCACCUCUGCAACAAAGCCAAUCUCUUUACUCCUUUCAACCGAACUCUCUUAACAACCGAAGCUUUUCAUCUAAACCCGUAAUCAAAGAGAAACCUUCUCAUGAAGCCAUUGUGAUUAACAUUUUCACCAGAUUGAGUAGUAAAGAUGAGAUUAACAAAGAGCUUGAAUCCAACGGUAUUGUAAUCAGCCACGACUUAGCUUUAAAAACUCUAAAAUCACUCGAAUCAACCCCUGAUGUAGCAGAGAGGUUUUUCAAUUGGGUUCUAGAAGCUUCUCCUAAGAAACUCUCAUCCAAAAGCUACAACACGAUGCUGCUUACUCUCGGUGUUAAUGGUCUCGUUGAUGAGUUUUGGAGUUUGGUUGAUGAAAUGAAGAAGAAAGGGCAUGGUGUAUCAGGUAACGUUAGAGACAGAGUAGGUGAGAAGUUUCAGGAAGAUGGGUGUGAAGGUGAUUUGAAUAGGCUUAAGGAGCUUUUCGCUUCGGGUUCUAUGGAUAACUCUGUUGAUAAGGUUUGUAAUAGAGUGUGUAAGAUUGUGAUGAAGGAUGAUCAGUGGAAUGGUGAGUUGGAGAAACAGCUUAGGGAUUUGAAGCUUGAGUUUGGGAGUGAUUUGGUGAAGAUGGUUGUGGAGAAACUUGACGUGGAGCCGAGGAAGGCUUUGUUGUUUUUCCGGUGGGUGGAUGAGUCUGGUGGUUUUAAGCAUGAUGAGAAGACGUAUAAUGCAAUGGCUAGGGUUUUGGGGAAAGAGAAGUUUCUUGAUAGGUUUUGGGGUCUUAUUGGAGAGAUUAGGAGUGGUGGUUACGAGAUGGAGAUGGAGACUUAUGUUAGGGUUUCAGCGAGGUUCUGUCAGGGGAGAAUGAUUAGAGAAGCUGUGGAGUUGUUUGAGUUUGCAAUGAAGGGGAGGAACACGCCUACAGGGCAGUGCUGUUGUUUACUUCUCAAGAAGAUUGUCACUAAUAAGAAGUUGGAUAUGGAUUUGUUUGAGAGAACUGUAAAAGCUUAUACAGGAAAUGGUAACGUGAUGACGGAUGCGAUGCUGCAGAGUGUUCUCAAGUCUUUGAGAAGCGUUGAUAGGUUUGAGCAGAGUAAUGAGGUGUUGAAAGCGUUGAAAGAAGGUGGUUAUAUCCCUAGCGGUGAUCUGCAGAGUGUGAUAGCGUCGGGGCUUAGUCGUAAGGGAAAGAAAGAUGAAGCUAAUGAGCUUGUGGACUUCAUGGAAGCCUCUGGAGAUCAUCUUGAUGACAAAGCAAUGGCAUCUUUAGUUGAAGGGCAUUGUGAUGCCAAGAAUCUAGAGGAAGCUUCAGAGUGUUUCAAGAAGAUGAUUGGUAAAGAGGGAGUCUCUUAUGCCGGCUACGCUUUUGAGAAGCUUGUACUUGCUUAUUGCAAUGGUUUUCAGGCAAGAGAUGCAUACAAGCUUUUCACCGAGCUAGUGAAACAGAACCAGUUGAAGCCUUGGCACAGUACUUACAAGAUUAUGGUGAGGAAUCUAUUGAUGAAGAAGGUAGCGAGAGAUGGUGGGUUUGAAGAAGCUUUGAGUCUUCUACCUAUGAUGAGAAAUCACGGUUUCCCUCCUUUCGUGGACCCGUUCAUAGAUUACUUAUGUAAUAGUGGAACAGGAGCAGAAGCUUUUGCGUUUCUGAAGGCUUUGACUUCUAAGAAGUUUCCAUCUAACUUGAUGGUUCUGCGUGUGUUGGAAGCUAUGUUGAAGUCUGCAAGGCAUAGUGAAGCUCAGGAUUUACUGGCUCUGUGCCCCAGUUAUAUCCGUCGAAAUGCAGAUGUUCUGCAACUUUUCAGUUCCAUGAAACCUGAUCAGUGUUCUUUAGAGAAACCUUUGCCUGCACCCGCUCAAAUCGAAGCUUAGGCAAAGAAUGUUUGGGAUGAUGAAUUAAAAGCUUAGGCAGAGAAUGUAACAGAGUCGUUAGGUUUUCGUGAACUUGAUGCACUGGAAGAUCAGUCUCUGUUUUUCUAUUUUUGAGAAAGUCUUGAAGCUUCACAUUUGGCUGUAUAGAGAGCUAAACUCCCUGUUUAGUCUUUUAUCUCAGUAUUAAAAGGUUAUAUUUGGUAGAA